AUGAGCGGAAGAGCAGCAGGUAAAGCAAAGCCACUGAAGGCACCAAAGAAGGAUAAGAAGGAUUUGGAUGAAGAUGAUGUCGCUUUCAAGAACAAGCAGAAAGCCGAUGAGAAGGCGAAAGCAGAGGCCAUAAAGAAGCUCGGUGGUAAAAAGUGA